AUGAAGCUUCUGACCGCUGGGUUGGCUGACAUCGACCACGCCGUCACCGAGGUGGACCUCACCACCCAGUUUCUCCACGGCAUCGACAAACGGCUCGACACGAUUCGCGUUGUCUUGGGUGACACCGUGCCUCUACUGCCGUUCGAGACGGUCUUCUCGCGCUUGAAGCUCGCGGAGGAAAACCUCGCCCAGCGCGUGGCCGACAAGCCCGUUCCCAUCCUCACCAUCACCGGGAGUGGCGGCCCUUCCGGCACCUCCUCCGCCCCCGGUGGCUCCUCCAGCGCUCGCCAGGGUGACCGCGUCGACCGCAACAACGAUCGCGGCAACAGCUUCCCGCAGGGCCGCGGAUCUGGCAAUCGCGGCGGCUGCGGGCACGGGCAUGGUGCGGCGAUCAGGGCGGCCGUGGCACCGCACCUCCCAUGUCGUACAACCCAUAUAUGGGCUUACCAGAUGCAGUUCUCCGGCUACCCCGCGCCCACUCCUCCACAGCAGCCGUCGUGGGACCACCUCGCCAUGCUCCAAGCCGCCUACAGCGCUUCCGGCUUCCCCAACAGCAGCUCCGCUCCGUCCGAGUGGUACCUUGACAGCGGCGCCGCCUCCCACAUCACCGGCAACCCUGGUAACCUCACCUUCUCGAAUUCUUCUUUAACGCAUCCUUUCUCUAGCAUUGUUGUUGGCAAUGUCACGGGUCUCAUCUCUGUCCGUCAGUUCACCAAAGAUAACUCAUGUUCUAUUGAAUUUUAUCCCUUUGGCCUUCUUGUGAAGGAUCUUCGCACCAGGAGGGUACUCAUGAUCUCCGCUAGCUCCAGCGACCUCUAUCCAUUCUUCGGGAAUAACAAGACGUGGUGCACUGCCCUUUCUGCCACUAUCUCCAAUGCCGACGUGUGGCACCGCCGGCUCGACCACCCCAGUCCUCAGACUAUGCCUUCUUUAGCUGCCAAUGAAUUUCUACCUUCAUGUAAUAAAUCUGCGCACAUCCCAUUGGGUAGUGUCGUCGCAGCUGCUGCUGAGAGGGAGAGUAGUUGGGAACCUCGCCCCGAAGCAAGGAACGCGGUUUGUUCAACGCGGGAGCUCUCCAUUAAAAGCCUUCAGCCCGGCCGACCACCCAUCGCCACUACACCACUCCUAAACGAGAACAAAGCUAACGGCCUCGCAGGGAAGAACGACGGCAAGCUCGCGAGGCGGAUCCCCAUGGUGAGGAAGAAGGAUGAAAUAUCCGACAUGGAGAGGAGGAUCUUGGCGGCUAUUCAGGAGUUAAAGAAGGAGGUGAAAGAAUUGAAGGACAAAAUGCAGCAACACGUCCAGGAACCUCCAAUUGUGCUUCCACCUCGAAGGAAACCGAUAUAUAAGCUAGUAUUCAAAAGUGACCUGACUGGUCCUCUCCUAACAACAAAAAAAGAUGGCAUGAGCGGGCCAAUUUGUUAUACAAACCAGCCUAUACCCACGAAGGACGGGAACGUCAUAACGGUGGUUCUCCAGGAUUUGGACGGAAAUCAAGUUACAACUGGCGACGUUGCUUCACUGAUGGUUGAGCUAGUUUUCCUGAACCCAGAUUUCUAUGAUGGCAAAGAAGACACGGACUGGCCCGAGGCACAUUUUACGAAACACAUAAUAAUGCUGCUAAAUGAGACAAUCAAAAAGCCCAGAUUUCGUCUGAUUGGUGGGAAAGGUACUGUUCAUAAGGACACCAAAUUUGAUCGGUCCACUAAUAAACACUGGGUCAAGCUUGGGGUAAAGUUUUGUGAGCAUUCCGAUGAAAGUGUUCUCGAAGGUGUAUCAAAUGUAUUCACAGUGCAGAAUUUCUCAGGGAAGAAAAGUGAUGACGAGUCACCGUCAAAUCAAGUAGGAGAACAAAACGACCAGGAGGAGGAGGAAAGAGCGAGAAAAAGGAAAGCAAUAGAAAUUGGUAAUGAAGCAUACACAUCACUACCGGCAGCUACAGCAAUGAGCUUGGAACAAAAUCAAACUGCUGGUACUGCCAAUGCCUAUAGAGGAAUGGAUACAGCAAUGGGCCAGCAGGACGAGUGUGCUCACUUGGGUGAUUUUUUUGCCGACGCCAAAGAGGUGCUGGCAAUCGAGAUCACAGAACAGAUACCUUCAGUUUUGGAAAUUGCACUAGAAGGUCGACAUAAGCAAUUACUGCACGAGAAAUUACAACAACUGUCAGCAAGUUUAAAAUGCAACUUUGUGCAGCUACCAGUGGAAUUGCGGACAUCGAUGGGCUACGUCAGUGCGUACAGGUUAUCUGCGAAGCCAUGGGGCAACUAAUUACGGCUCCGACAAAAACUCCACGUCAUAAAGAACAAGUGAAAAGUUUGAUCAAUGAUCUACAAAGUUUACAACGAGCUCUAGUGGACAUCAUUGGCGAAAUGACCACGCCGACCAACGCUGAGACAGCGCAACCGGGCUUUGGCGGAAACGGAGGAAGUGGUACAGGCGAUCAAAAUCACUUCGGUACUGCACAGACGGAAGCCAUGCAGGUGAUUCCAAGUACCGACGCACAACAUUCACAAACACA